AUGUCUAGCGACUCUUCUGAAAAUGGGAUCAUCGGCGAAUACGCGGGCAAUGAUUUCAGCAUCAAAGCCACUUUCACAGUGUUCUUGGGAAUCGCUCUCUAUAACUCUAUUGAGCUUAUGGUGUUAAUAUUUGCCUCAUUUCGCCGAUACCAAGGUCUUUACUUCUGGAGCUUGUUGCUUGCAACGGUUCUAGGUGUAAUUCCACAGUCCCUGAGCUUUAUUCUAAAAUACUAUAACAUCGGCCCGCUUUGGUUCUCCAUCACCUUGUCCACUCUGGGGUGGUAUUUCAUGGUCACGGGACAAGCGCUGGUGUUAUUUUCGCGCCUCAAUAUCGUGGUGCAAGAUUUAACAGUCAGUCAUCGUGUUCUGGCGAUGAUCAUUGUCAACGCCAUUGUCUUGCAUAUCCCAACGACGAUUCUCACCUACGGCUCCAACUUUAUCCAAACCUCAGUUUGGGUCCAUGGAUACACCAUAAUGGAGCGCAUCGAGCUCACCGGCUUCUGUCUCCAAGAAUUUAUCAUUUCCGGCCUAUACAUCUCAAAAACUAUCAGCAUUCUCCGCGUAUCACCCCCCAGUAUCCACGGCCACAAUCCGAAUCGCAAGGUCAUGUAUCAACUACUUGCCAUUAACGCCCUCAUCAUUGUUAUGGACAUCAUUCUGUUGGUCUUCGAAUAUCUCAAUUAUUUCGUCAUUCAAACGACGCUCAAAUCGGCGGUAUACAGCAUCAAGCUUAAGCUUGAGUUCGGCGUCCUGAGUCGCCUUGUUUUCCUGGUACAGUCACAUCAAUACUGGCCACGAGAUUCACCCCGGGUCUAUCCACGCCCGACGCCAGCUCGUGAAGAGCUGGAAUAUCACACAUUUCUUGAUGAUUCUCGAGAUAGUCCGGGCUAUGUCUCUACGCCAAAGAGUUGUGAGCUAGCUACUUCUCGUCAUAUAUCUGCCUGA